ACUGGAGGGGAGGACAGAGAUACUCAGAGAGAAAAAGUAAGGGACGGAGGAAGGACAAGGAGAAGAGAGAGAGUCCAGGAUUGUUCCAGCUGCACAAAGGCGGGCACCAAGAGGAUAGCGGCCAGCUAGAAUCAGACUCUGAAUCGCCAAGACAUGGGCUUGUUAGAAUGCUGUGCAAGAUGCCUGGUGGGUGCACCCUUUGGAUCUCUGGUGGCCACAGGCUUGUGCUUCUUUGGGGUGGCCCUGUUCUGCGGCUGUGGGCAUGAAGCUCUCACGGGCACAGAGCGGCUAAUUGAGACCUACUUCUCCAAAAACUUCCAGGACUAUGAGUAUCUCAUCAAUGUCAUCCACGGCUUUCAGUACUUCAUCUACGGAACCGCCUCUUUCUUCUUCCUGUACGGGGCCCUCCUGCUGGCCGAGGGCUUCUACACCACUGGGGCGGUCAGACAGAUCUUCGGCGACUACAAGACAACCAUCUGCGGCAAGGGUCUGAGCGCUACGGUAACAGGGGGCCCGGCCAAGGGGAGGGGUGCCAGAGGUCAUCAUCAAGCUUACUGUUUGGAGCGGGUGUGUCAUUGUUUGGGAAAAUGGCUAGGACAUCCCGACAAGUUUGUGGGCAUUACUUAUGCCCUGACCAUUGUGUGGCUCUUGGUGUUUGCCUGCUCGGCCGUGCCUGUUUACAUUUAUUUUAACACCUGGACCACCUGCCAAUCUAUCGCCUUUCCCAGCAAGACCACGGCCAGCAUAGGCAGCCUCUGUGCCGACGCCCGGAUGUACGGUGUUCUCCCCUGGAAUGCCUUUCCUGGAAAGGUGUGUGGCUCCAACCUGCUGUCCAUCUGCAAAACGUCUGAGUUCCAAAUGACCUUCCAUCUGUUUAUUGCUGCCUUUGUGGGAGCCGCGGCCACCCUUGUUUCGCUGCUCACUUUCAUGAUUGCCGCCACCUACAACUUUGCCGUCCUGAAACUCAUGGGCCGGGGCACCAAGUUCUAAUCUCCAAGCGGGCUUCCAGGAGACCCCCACCCUCCCCAUCCCUUCUUCCUCCUUUCCCACUCCCCUCUUCCCCCCACCCCGGCUAACAGAGGCCCUAACCACCAGCCAGGCCACACUGCCUCUCCCAGCUUAACCCUUUGCCCUCACUGCUGACUCUUCCUCUUCCUCCUCGGUGACUAUAACAAGAAAGGAGAGAGGCCCAGGCAGGGGGACCUCUCCACAUUCUCUCCCCUCUGGGUACAUCGCUGGGCCAUUUUGCUUCACUGCUCGUUCCUCAAAAGAAAGGGAGGGGCCAGGUUGAGGAUUACCUAAUUGCCUGUUCUCGAGAGAAAUGAAGGUUCCAACCCAAUCUUGACCUGUUUCUCCUGAGAGCAAGGAGACAUCCGUCCAGUUUUCGCCAGGCGCAGCCCCCUGUGGGGAAAUAAAAUGGAGAGGAAAGGUAUUUGCAGAGAGAGAGAAGGAAGUCGCCCGGGCCCAUUGCCAUCUAGAGAGGCCAGAGGGAUUCUCCCCAUGUCAGAGGACUCACUCCUCUUGCUACCACCGUUGAAGGAAAUGGAUCGACCCGCGAGAAUCUGCCCCAAUCUGCCUCUCGCUCCUUGGGGGGAGGAGAGGGUCGGAGCAAGGAUCUUCCAGAUGCAGGAAGAGAGCACUGACCCCUGUGGUGAGGGAAUCUCUAAGUCUUAACAAAGCCAACCCUACUUAUAGCAUAAGGGAGCCGGCGUCCGUGUUUCUGUGUAGACGAAGGCGAGCCUCGGCCUUCCGCUGGACAGGGUUGUCGGCAUCUUAACUCCUGCAUCUUCUUCAGCAUUGCUACCAUGGCAACCCUAGAGUUUCCAGGGAGCAGAGCUUGCUCUCAAAAGAGCGGCAGCGGCAACGGAAACAGCAGCCGCCACAGCCGCUACAGCAGCGCAGCCCCAGAGGCCUCUCUUGUAAACCCAAGAUAACUUGGGAGUCCAAGCUUUUGCUUAUCUUUUCUCUGUUAACCAGCUGUGUGCACUGAACUCGGUUAUACCUUCACAAUGGUGCUUUUUCUCACGGGGGUGAUGCUUGUUCAGUCGUCGUCGGUGAGGGGAAGAUCUCGAUUCGUUUCUGACUGGGGCAAAUAGCGCGUCUCCCGCCUGGUUCAUCAUUUGCCGCACAUCAGGAUGAGUUUGGUUUGGCACCGGAGGGGCCUGGAGGAUCCGCUUUGGUCUUUUUAAGUGGAGACAGGAAUAAAGCAACUCGAGCGCCUCGCCUUGUGGGCUCUUUUAAUCUGGCCGUCCAUUUCCCAGAUUAAAGCACGCGAUUCCCCGAUCUAGAGGGACCAUCUCUCUCCUGUUCAGGGCCUAGACAGGUGUGGCAAGCCUGGAAUUGGACUCCAGUGACUGCCUAGUUUUACUUUCUCGUUAAAAAGGGGGGAAUCUGUUUGGACGUCAUUAUCAACUUGCCCUACUACAGAAGUGGCCCGUUAAAGGACACUUCAUCCCCUGACAGACCAAGGGCAAUAUCCUUCCCCUGCGGCUGGCCUUUCACCCACCCUUCCAUCUCUUCCCAAGGAAAUUGGUCAGGAGGAGGAGGGCCAGGGCUAGGCUCUGAUUUCAGUCUUUUCUUCUUGUUCUGUUAACCCUGGCAAAUAAAGUUGGCUUGUGUUUAUUUA